AUGAAAGGUGUUCGUUUCCAUGUAGCAUUUGUCCUGUUCGCUCUGGCUUUCUCAUUUGCAUCGGCCUCUGAUCCCAGCCCUCUUCAGGAUUUCUGUGUAGCAAUUAAUAAUACCAACGAUGGUGUUUUUGUUAAUGGUAAAUUUUGCAAGGACCCAAAGCUCUCCACCGCAAAUGACUUCUUUUUUCCCGGGCUCAACAUUCCAGGAAAUACAGCAAAUCAACUAGGAUCAAAAGUCACUCUAGUCACUGUUGAACAAAUACUAGGACUUAACACUCUUGGCAUAUCUCUUGCUUCGACUUGA